CGGGGUGAGCUCAGAUUCCUCGUGGUUUCAUCCUCUGCUUCUGAACAGAAUCCAUCAUAGAAAAGCUUCAGAAAUUUGAUUGUCCAGAGAAUGACUGUUUCUAUAAAAAGAGGGAAAAGGAGAAGAAGCGAUUAUCUUCUCUCUCCCCAAUCACUGUGGGGUUCUGUUAUCUUGACAUGACCAGUUUGUGGAAGAUCUUCCCCUAUCAACACUUGUUCUUGAAGCUUGAAUAAUUUUUGGCACAACAAGGAUUUGCACUCUCUUCAGUCGUUGCUCUUCUUUGUUAGUGGAGAGGAGAAGGUCUUAUCUUGUUCCUGUUUGUUAGACAUCUGAAACUGUGGAUGUUGGUAAGAUGGACGUUUAGAGGAUUUUGGAAUAAUUAUUCUCUGUAGCAGUGUUUGCAAGUUUCUGAAGAAUAGUUACAGAGGAGGGCUGCAAAUGUUUUGAUCUGGUAUAUAAGUGUCACAACCCUAAAGGUUAGAAGCAGAGUAUCAUAGAAAAAUUUGAUGCAUUUUCUUUCAUUUGUAUGUAUAUGACUUGUGAGUGUUUAUAGGUGUCUUAUGUAAUUUGUGCAUUGUGUUUCUGAGUCAUUGGUAAUGGGAUAAAGAAGCUGUGGAGGUGAGAGUUUUUAUUUGUGAAAAUAGGACUUGUUUUGCUGAUAGGGAGGCAAACGGACGAGAGGAUAUGAUGAAUAGAGAAGUUGGACUGUUACUAUGGUUUGGGUAAUGAAAUCUGCUGAUCAGUGCUAUUAGAUUCAGGUUUUAAAUCACAUAGGAUACAAAGCAUAUAUGUUAUUUAGGUGAAGGCCUCUCUGAGUGCUGGAAGGGUCUAGAAGUUUUCUCAAGAGAGAUGCAGCGUGUCCGAGUUUCAUCCCAUCAAUCUCCAGUACAUAGGCUAGGGGAUUCCCAAAUUACAUUAUCACCUAAAUUUAGAGUGGCUUUAAUCCGGUCACCUUCUUUCUUGUCUGCAUCAUCAGAAGCGGUGCUCUCACUGGAUGGUGUACCUCUCAUUCCUGGCCUUCCUGAUGAUAUUGCCCUCAACUGCCUCCUCCGCCUGCCAGUUGAGAGCCACCCGGCCUGCAGAACUGUGUGCAAGCGAUGGCAUCUGCUGUUAGGUAAUAAAGAGCGGUUCUUCACCCGAAGGAAGGAGCUAGGCUUCAAGGACCCCUGGCUCUUCAUCUUAGCCUUCCACAAAUGCACAGGAAGGAUCCAGUGGCAGGUCUUGGACCUCACCAGCUACUCUUGGCAUACCAUUCCAGCCAUGCCUUGCAAGGACCGUGUAUGUCCUCAUGGAUUUAGAUGUGUUUCCAUUCCUCAUGAGGGUAUCCUCUUUGUCUGCGGGGGCAUGGUCUCUGAUAUGGAUUGCCCACUUGAUCUUGUCCUAAAAUAUGAAAUACACAGAAACCGUUGGACUGUGAUGAACCAGAUGCUCACUGCAAGGUCUUUCUUUGCAAGUGGAGUGAUUGAUGGGUUGAUUUAUGCUGCUGGAGGGAACAGCUCAGAUCACUUUGAGCUUGACUCAGCUGAGGUUCUUGACCCUGCCAAAGGGAAUUGGCGUCCCAUAUCAAACAUGCACACCAACAUUGCAUCCUAUGAUGCUGCAGUUCUGAAUGGAAAGCUUCUAGUGACCGAAGGCUGGAUCUGGCCUUUUGUGUUCUCUCCUAGAGGUCAGGUUUAUGACCCUGUAUCUAACAAUUGGGAGAGCAUGGCUGUUGGGCUAAGAGAAGGCUGGACAGGUUCCAGUGUGGUGGUUGAUGGCCACUUGUUUGUGGUUUCUGAGCAUGAGAGAAUGAAGCUGAAGGUUUACGAUGCGGAAACUGAUUCCUGGGAUACAGUCACAGGUCCCCCUGUACCAGAGCAGAUAUUCAAGCCUCUCUCUGUGAACUCCAGUAACUGCAGGAUCUAUGUUGUAGGUCGCAAUCUUCAUGUUGCAGUGGGUCACAUCCAGGGGCUGAGCGUCAGCUGCAGUUCUGGGAAGAAGCGGAACUUCUCUGUCCAGUGGCAAGUAUUAGAUGCACCAGAAGCCUUCCGCGACUUGACACCAUCAAGCUCACAGGAGAAAAGGGACACAGCAUAGGAGAGAGCAAAGAGAAGAAAAAUCACAAAGGCUGUUCUUAUCUUGCUAUCAUGCUUAGAGUGGAAAAAGAACUUCUGUUUUAAUUACAAUUAAGUCACAACCCUACUGAGAACCUCAAGCUUUAAAAUUAUCUAAUUUCAGCCAAUUUUACAACUUAAGUAUGAUAAAAUUUACUCUAAAGCCAAGUACCUAACUAUUGGCCACCAUUUUAUUGGUUGCAGCCUUUCUGGGUUCCUAAUGUUUGUAAGUCAUCAAAAGACUUCCAGAAUUACAAGUAAUCCAAUUUUGACU